AUUAGCUUUCACGUGCAGUCAAAGAUCCAGCUAUUUUACAUGAUUUAUAGCUUUUCAACUUAAUGGAUCGCCAAAAUCUAGUAGCAGAGGGUGACAAUGUCAUUUUGAAGAAAGGAAAACUCUUAAAAGUGUACAAAGUUAUUAAAAAAGCGAAAGUAUUUCUGGAGAAAAGGCAUUUUUCUCUUGCUCCUAUCGUCGGCCAUCCGUAUGGAUCAACAUGGGAGCUUCAGAGCGGCAGUCUUGUCCAAGUUCUCGAGAACACAGUAUCACAAGACUUAGCUGAACAGAUAGAUAAAGGAGGUGCAGAUAAUAGGGGUAUCUUUGAUGGUGAUACUACACAAAAGCUUGAUAAUGAUGACAUCAUGAACCUCAGAGAACAAGGGAAGAGUGGACAGGAGAUAGUUGACCAAUUAGUGGAGAAUAGUUCUACCUUCAAUGAAAGAACUGUAUAUUCCAAGGCAAAGUACCUGAAAAAGAAACGAAACAAGUACAUCGUAAGGUUUGUGGUACUGCGACCCUGUAUCAGACUCAUGUGCGAGAUGUAUUUCAACAAAGCUCCCUCCAAAGUAAUACAAAUCCGUAUCGACACAAUGGCUCAACUCCUAUCAGCAGCCAAUGUUCAGUCCGGAAGCAAGGUGAUGGUGUUGGAAAAUUGUCAGGGACUACUGGUAGCAGCCAUUAUGGAACGACUUGGAGGUAACGGGACAGUCGUUCAUUUUCACACUGAAGAUCAACCAAUGAAUUCCAGUCUCCAAGCCUUCAACUUCUCACAAAAAAGCAAAGAGAUGCUAAGGACUUUCAAUCUCAAAGACGUCUACGACAACCUCAUCUUGAAGAAGCCGGUCGAGACAAUCAACGAGGAACCUAGUCAGUCAAAGGACCUCGAUAUCAGUCAGAAAGAAGGCGGUGAAAAGAUGAGUGAAGGAUGCGAUCUUAGAAAGGAACCGGUUGCCAUGGAAACGGACUCCAGCAAACAUGAUACGCAAGAGGAUGUUACUAGUAAAAACAAUCAAGCAGCGUCGUCGACCAAACCGGAGAAAGGAAGUGGAGUUGCAACCACGCACGCAGAAGAUGGCAUCACUGGGACCAGUGAAGGGUUGCCCAUGGCAACAGAUGAAGCUGGUGAGAAGCAAGAGGAGCAGCCAUCAGCAGAUGCUGUGGAUCCUACAGACAAAGCACAGAAGAGAAAACUUCAGUUUGUAAAAUUUUUGGAAUCAGAUAUGGAUUAUAACAAGAGAAAAGAAAAAAAAAGACGGAAACUGGAUGAAAUGGCCAAAACAACAGAGAUGCUGCUGGAGAAUAACAUGGACACAUUGCUGAUUGCGACGAAGCACCACCCUGCCCCCAUUGUUCUAGCCCUUAUCGAUCAUCUAGCCUGGUCAAGGCCUUUUGCUGUCUUCUCACUCUACAAAGAGGCUCUCAUAGAGUGUUAUGUAAAGCUGCGUGAGAGGGGAGGAGUUAUCAACCUCAACAUUACAGAGACAUGGCACAGAGAACAUCAAGUACUGCCUGACAGGACACACCCCAUGACAUCGAUGAACCAUUUAGGAGGGUACCUACUCACCGGGCUGCACGUGGCAAAGUGAUAGAUGGAUAGCUUAGUUCCUGAAACCUACAAGACCAUGCACAAGACUGCACUUUAAAGUGAUUUUGAUCAUCAUGACUGGGUAGUUUUUAAAGAUUCAAGUAUUAAAACUUUAGGUAGGACAACAAUACUUGUGGGGAGGGGUAGAAUGAACACAGAGCUCUGUAUAAUAAAACCUCCAGGACCAUGCACAAGACUGCACUUCAAGUGAUUUUUA